AUCUAUACCAAAAUUCAAUAUGGUUCCUACACAAACAAAGUAGUCGGCAAAUUGUUUUACAAUUCAAAUAUGUAUUGUGAUUUUAAUGAUAGUACAUAAGAAAUGAAGUUAUUCGUAGUUACGUACCUCGAUUAUUAGUGAUUUCUAAUCAUAGUAUACAGUGGAUAAUCGUCAGAGACUAAAUUUGAGGCGCCAUGAUAUGCCAAGCCCAUUAUCCCUAUGUAUUACUACUUUUUUAUUUAUUUCUGACAUAUCGAAUAGUAAGAAGUAAUCCUCUAGAUGAAGAAGAUAAGGAUUUAAAUAUUACUGUGGAAGUACUUAAACAUGAAUUACCGAAUCAGUUGCCAUUGGGUGACAAUAUUACAAUUAUUUGUAAAACCAAAUGGAUGUCAAGUAUAAUAAUGUGGACUUUUAAUGACAAAAAUGUGUCAGAACAAGCAGGCUUCAAAUUGGAAAUGGAAAGUGAGAACAUUAACAAGGAAUCUGGUAACAAAUUUGAAGUAUCCAUUUUACACAUUAUAGGGAUCGAUUUUAACCAUGUAGGCAGUUAUAAAUGCCAUGCUAUUUUAAAAAGAAAUGAAAGUGAUGUUGACCUAGACUUUCGUCAAAUUUUCCUGAAUGUAACAUUACCUUCUGAAAUAGUACAAAUAUCAAAACCUACCUAUACAAAGAUGCAUGAAACAGUAGAAAUAUACAGUGUAGUACAAGGAUACCCUAUUGAAGAAAUCAAAUGGCUGAAAGAUAAUGAACCCUUAACAGAUUUCAAAUGGGACAUUAAAGAUAUCAAUAUUACACAUAAAAAUACAACAUUGAAAUUUGAUGUUUCUAAAAAAGAUAAUGGAACUUACACUUGUGUAGUAACUACACCAACCUCACAAGCUAGAAAUUCUACAGAUGUUUUGGUCCUUGACAAACCACAAAUAACUCUAGAUUUUAUCAAACCAAUUGGCAUAAACAAAAUCUAUUUUAACUGGACUGUGAAUGAUGGCAACAGCCCAAAUAAUUUAACUUAUACAAUAAAAUAUAAAUCUGAAGAUGAUAAAGAAUGGAUAUAUUAUCAAACCAUGAUAAAUGCUAGUAGCACAUCUUUAGUGCUUACAGUAAGAAACACUUCUGGAACACCAAAUAAAAAUUCGUCUUAUACUGUGAAGAUUAUGGCAGCUAAUUCACAAGGAGAAAGUAUGUACUCAACCAGCAAUCUGGUGCAGCUAUUAGAUGAAGAACCAAUAGUUGUUCCACAAGUUACUGUUAUUGGAGUUACAUCCAGUUCAAUCACAAUUAAAUGGACUCCACCACCAAAUAAAUUCAAAGAUCAUAUUCACUACUAUCAAUUAAUCCUUAAAACAUACAAUACUUCAGAAAAAUUCGAAGCUGUCCAACCAGCCAUUAAAGACUAUAUUUAUAUGUUUUCUGAUCUGACAUCUGCCACUACUUAUACUUUCCAAGUAGCAGCUUGUAGCGACUAUAGCAAAGAGUGUGGACCAUUUUCAAAAAUUGUGAAUGGUACUACUAUGGAUGGUAUUGCGGGUCCUCCUUCUAAUGCUUCUAUUGAAUGCAGAUUUGACAAUAUCAGCCACACAAAUUUUGUGUCUGUAUCAUGGCAACCACCAACACAUCCUCAUGGAACCAUCAUGUCAUACAGUGUUACUUUGGAAGGCUCUGCAGUUUUUAUAAAUGAUCAAGGUCAAUUUGAAAAUAUAACAUGGGGACCAAAGUCUACCAGUAUCCAGGAAAUUACACUAAAUACCCGUUUCUAUAAUGUAUCAGCAAAUACAAACUAUACAGUAAGAAUAUCUGGGGUGACUCGUUUGAGAAAAAAUGGAAUACCUGUAACAUUGAAUUGCACUAUGCCCCCAACAUUACCAGACAAACAGAAGCUUGCUAGAUUACAUUGGAAAAAGAUGGAAGAACAAGGAAAAUGGAUUUUUAAAUUAUUUAUGCCAAGAGUUUCUGAAAGGAAUGGACCGAUAUGUUGUUACCGAAUUUAUUUGGUUAGAAUGGAAUCACAGCAAAAAUUAUCCGAUUUAGCUAAUCCUGAAGACUUAACAAUUAUGUCAUAUCAAGAAGCUCAUAGAACCCCAAGAGGAGGAGCUUAUGUUGCAGAAAUGUUUACGAGCUCUGCUUUUCACAACGAAGUAUUCUUGGGUGAUGAGCAGGUCUACAAUUCAACAAAUUCUCUUUGUGAUAAAUGUAUUGGUUUACGACCUUACAAUACCCCUAGAGAAGAUAAAAUGAAAAAUGCAACAAAUUUAGUUAACAGAGUAAGAAGAAACGAAAUUCUCUCCGAUCCUCUGCCACCAUUUGAUGGAAAUCUUGAUAUUAACAGUAAUUAUACAGGAUUUGUAGAAAUUAUAGUACAUGGGGACUAUCAACCAAUAUUUCUGGCAGCAUACAGCAACUAUUUAGACAUGAUGAAUCCUGGACCAGAAGUAGUUGCAGCACCAGCUGUAGGAGCUCUAAGCCUUAUUGUACAAAUUCUAUGUGGAUUGGUGGUUGUUAUACUUGUGCUCUUGGGUGCAUUAUGUAUUUUACACAGAUAUACAAAGCAAGCACAUGCUCAAGCUGUUGAAAUGAUCACUUUCAGAACAUCAUUGAGGAGCCUCAGGGGACGACAGCGAUUGGUAUCAUUGAAUCCACCUGACAUGUGUCCUAUCACUAAAUCUGAUUUGGUUUCGGCAUACAUCGAACAUCAUCGAGAUUCUGACUACGGAUUUCAGCAAGAAUUCGAAUUACUUCCUGAUAGAUUUUCUGACAGAACUACCAGAGCAUCUGAUACUAGAGAAAAUGUUUAUAAAAAUAGGUAUCCCGAUAUAAAAGCCUAUGAUCAAACUAGAGUUAAGUUGGCACAAGUGGAUAGUAUUGCUGGUUCAGACUACAUAAACGCAAACUAUGUUAUGGGAUAUAAAGAAAGGAAGAAAUUUAUUUGUGCACAAGGACCUAUGGAUACAACUGUCAACGAAUUUUGGCGUAUGAUUUGGGAACAGCAUUUAGAACUGAUUCUUAUGCUUACUAAUCUCGAAGAAUACAGCAAAACGAAAUGUAGCAAAUACUGGCCUGAUAAGACUGAUGGUGAUAAAAUUUUCGGAGAUAUAACUGUUACGCACAUACAAGAAAACAGAUACUCUGAUUAUAUAGUGAGGGAAUUAAAAAUAAUGAGAACUAGCAAUGGAAAAGAACUAGAAGAGAGGAAUAUAACCCAAUAUCAUUACCUGGUUUGGAAGGAUUUUAUGGCUCCUGAGCAUCCUAAUGGUAUCAUUAAGUUCAUUAAAAGGGUUAAUGAAGCUUACUCUGUUGAAAAGGGUAGUAUUUUGGUUCAUUGUAGCGCAGGUGUUGGUAGAACUGGCACUUUGGUUGCACUGGAUUGUUUACUGAACCAAUUAAAAGAAGAGGGACAUGUUUCUAUUUUCAAUACUAUUUGCGAUUUAAGGCACCAGAGGAACUUCUUAGUCCAAUCUUUGAAACAAUAUAUUUUCAUCUACCGCGCUCUUAUGGAAGUUGCACAAUAUGGUGAUACAGAAAUAAAUGCCAACGAGUUGAAAAGUACAUUGGACAAAUUAAGACAGUGUGAUAAUGGCAAAACCAAAUGUAAAUUAGAAGAAGAAUUUGAAAAUAUAAUAAAUGCUUUUGAAGACAGAAAGUCAUGUUCUGUAGCAAGUGGGGAAGAAAAUAGAGAAAAAAAUAGAUGCGAUAGUAUCAUUCCAUAUGAUAGAAAUAGAGUAAUACUUACGCCUUUAACAGGCAAAGAACAUUCCACAUAUAUUAACGCUUCCUUUAUUGAAGGGUAUGAUAAUAGUGAAUCUUUUAUAAUUACACAAGAUCCAAUUGAAGGAACAAUCAAUGAUUUUUGGCGAAUGGUUUCUGAACAAGGAAUUAGUGUUAUAGUUAUGAUUUCUGAACUUGGUGAAGGAAAAUGUCCAAGAUAUUGGCCGGAAGAAGAAGCACAUUAUGAUCAUAUUCACGUUAGAUAUAUUCAAGCAGAAAGUUGUCCUUAUUACACAAGGAGAGAAAUGAUCAUUAGAAGUAGGGAUGGAGAAGAUCAGAAAGUUACUCACUUACAAUAUCAUGGAUGGCCCACUGUGGAUGGAGAGAACCUCACACGUCUCCUCUUGCCGCCAAUUUUCACCAUUAAUUUCACAUUCCUGCAACAGGAUGCUUCCAUUGCGACUUCUUUCCAGGUACCUGAAGUGACAAGAGGACUUAUUGAACUUGUAGACUUUUCCCAGACAGUUUUAGUGAAAAACGGUUGUUCUCCUUCAAUGGUUGUUCAUUGUAAUUUAGGAUCAGACAGAAGUUCAAUGUUCGUUGGGCUCAGUAUACUUGUACAACAACUCAGAACUGAAAGAAGAGUUGAUGUUUUUACAGUGACAAGGAAAUUAAGAUCACAGAGACAAGCCAUGAUAAAUUCAUAUGCACAGUAUGAAUUCCUCCAUCGAGCAAUUGUAAAUUAUGCAGAACUUCACGGACUUUGUGAAAUAUAAAUGUUGAAUAAGAUUUGGUGCCAUAUAUAACUUCUAUAUUUCAUUCCAAAAUACCAUUAUUGGUCUCACUGAUAUUUAAGUAUUUUUAUAUAAGUAAUUUAUAUAUUCUAGGGACAAUGUAAAUUAGUUUUGAAACAUUUAAUUCCUAGUUGAAAGCCAAAUUAUGUUGUUUAAAACCAAAGGCAUUUGAAUGUAAGAAUUAUUUUGAGCAAUAACCUAUUUUUCAAAGACUUGAAUUUUUCAGCUUUUGCUCAAAAACUGCACUGCCAUAUUUAUUUCAAAAAUAUCUCUGAAAUAUUAUUGUUUCAUUGGGUAUAAAUAUAUUAUUGAUUUAUUAGAACUAAACAUAAAUACAGCUCUUCAAAUUAUUAUUCAAAUUUGUGUAGCAUCAAAAGUUUGCUUUAUGAAGGCAUUAUCAAAUCAAUUUUAUACUUCCUGAUACAUUGAACCAUCAAAUUUCAAAUUUAACAGGAAGAUCACAAAGUUGAAAUCCAAUUUUGCUUUUUGUUUAGAGAGCCAUUGGCCUCAGUGUUCCUUAUUCCAAUACACUUCAUUUUUUUAAUCUCAGAUUCUUUGAGUAUUUUAAUAGUGACCAGUUAAUAUUCUUGCAAUCAUUUAUGUAUAAUAAUAAUUAUUAUGAAUCAUUUAUUAUUUACCAGUGAUAACAAAAUAAUAAUAUAUUACAUAGGAAGGUAGAUUGACCAAUUCUUCAACAUUAACCAAAAGGCAAAACCUCGUAUUUUUUUGUCCUGCAUCGAUUUGUAUAAAAAUUUGGAAUUUUGCUGAUUUCACCCCCUAGUUCAAUUUCUAUGUGCCGUUGUACGCUUUUUGUUUUUUAAGAGUGAAAACUACCACUAAUUGUAAAAAAUUAUGAAAAAACAUUUGAAACCUCAACAUGGGUAAAAUUUGAUUAGUUAAAUAAGAAUUGUUUUGUGCUGCAGGAUACAAUUUCAUAAUAUUUCAACCCUUAAUAACAUAGCAAUUUUUAUAAUUUAAUUGAUCUAAAUAGAAAAAAAAUUAAUUGACAUGCGUUAACAUACAGUCACGCAUCACAUACAACGAAAUUUACAAACCUGGCUCAUUAAUUUUAUUUUCAUCAAAAUCGAUGUCGUCUUCAUCCUCCUCAAUUACUGAUGUACUAUUAUUGCAGUCUUCACCCGAGCACCCAAAACAAGUGGAAUUGCAGUACAAUCCAAGUUUUCUGCACUCGUAUAAAGUGCCGCACCCCUUUUUGCAUUAUUAAAAAAUCAUUUUUAAAAGUUCAUCGGGUUCAGGCGGUUUGUUCAUUCCUAAGGGGUCUAAUAAACCUUCAUUAAAAUGCCACCCCCUAUUUGUUGCUCGAAUGUUUUUAUUUCCAAGCCACUCUUGAAUUUGGUAAUAGCAUUUUUUUGUGUGCUCGUCUUAGGCAUCAACAGUGAGCAGAGCAGUUGCUUCACUGCAUUGUUUUUUGUUGAGGUUUUGAUGAAAUGCUCAUACCCCAUCUGCUCGAGAAAAGCUUUCAGAUUUUUCACUUUUUUUAACUUGUUUAGCUGCAUGCAGUCACAUGAGGAAAUGUUUCUUCUUCUCUGUUUUUCGUUUUGAGUAGAGAAAGUGGAACAUAUAACGCCAAAUAUACCGGUUAUGUAAAUUACUAUGCUCCGAAGCGGGGUAUUUGAAUUUUUUGAAAAAAAAAAUUGAUUGGCUUUAUAAAAAUAGCUCCCUGAUUUUUAAUGAUUGAAAGUUUUUUGUGGGCCUUUUCAAGGGCUAAAAGACUGUGAGAAUUAAAUUCCUUAAUAUCCCGUAAAGGGCUCGAAUGAGGUGGCGUUCACUCGUAAAUUGACGUUUUUAAUUGCUAUAUCUCGCCAAAUAUUCACUGUGUACAAAAUCUACACACAGAAAAAUAUUUUAAUCGUUAAAAAAGCUACAAUUUAGUAUUUAUUAUUUUUAUCGUAUCUCCAGAAUUUUUGGAAAUAUUUUGGAGUAAAGGGUGAAAAAUAUGAAAUUGCAAAAAAAUCGUUUGCUCCAAGUUUUCUAAAAUUACGCAUUUUGAAUUUGUUAAACUUAUUGAGUGUAUUGAUAAUACAUAUAUAAAGAGUAUCACAUUAGGGUGAACAUCUAUUUUUAUUAAGGGGGUAGUUAGGGCGUUGUAUAUAGAAAAAAUCUGGAAGCUCUAAUUAUACAAUUUAAAAAAUAUUCUAUGAAUUUUUCUUGAAAAAUGCAAAGUUUUCCCGUCAUAUGGCUUUGAUCUUUCAUAUUAUGCAUUCAAAGUUAAAAACUAAACAUUAACAUAUCGUAUCUAGGUGCGUGUUGGUCGUAGAAAAAUUAUAAAAAAAUUGAUUUUGUUUGUUUUUUUAAAGCUACAAGUUUGCUCUGUACAGUUUUUUUUGGCAAAAAGCAAAUUUUUCGAGUUAUUCGGGAAAAAAUCUUUUAAAAUGUCGACUUUUUCGUCGAAAAACUGUUACUCUUAAGCGUAAUUAACUCGAAAAAUAUUAGUUUUGCGAAGAAAACAUAAAGAACAUUUUUUGUUGUGGCAACCACCCCCAAGGUUAUAGCGUAUGGUGGUAUGAUAUAGAAAAUUAUCUUUGGACUAUUCCCACCUUCUGCGAAAAUUUCAAGUAAAUCCAGACAGGACGAAAAAAUUGCGAGCCAAAAUGCUUCAUUUCUUGGACUAAUUCCUCCAUCUCGAAUUUAAGUUGUGGAUGUUUGUUCUAUAGGUAAUUCUUGUGACGGAUGUUCCAUAUCACAGACGGAUGUUCCGUCUCCCAGACGGAAUUUUUGUGCAUUUAUUCACUCAAUCUCACUUUUUUUUAUUAAUUACCACAUAACGCAGUUCAUAGGUAAAUAUCACAAAAAAAUAACUAAUUAAAGGAAAUCUUUUAACAAAUAUUUAACAUAUGUAAUUACUAUUAUUCAAAUAUAAAAACUAUAGUAAACUGAAGCCAAAUAUCAAAAAGAAGUAAUUGAAAUGAAGAGGAAACAUGAGCUAUUACUAUCAGUCAAAUACAAGAAAACUUACUUAGAGAUCAGUGAAAAGCAGGAAUAUCCAGUGUUAGUCAAGAGUAGGGUUAGACUGACGCGCAUACAAAAACCUACCCUUUUACUCGCUCCCUAUCGAGAUCUAGUACCAAAUCUGUAAUUUAUAUCCGUCUAAAGGGUUGAUGUACCGUUUGGAGGGUUAAAGAAGAGUUCUGAGUUUUUUUAAUUCUAUAUCAUUUUUGUCUAAGCAUGGCCAAUAUACCACAUCGCAGUGAUUGAAAUGUGAAUAAUCACACAGAAUUUUCUUCAUGUCAAUUCUCACUAAGAUUGAGACAUUUCUCUUAAAUAUUACCUUUUACAAUUUCUAGUAGCUGGUUUUACAUAAAAAGUUGAUAUCCCUUAGUUAAAUGGGAAUUCAUUAGCAUCUGCUCCUGUAUAUUCAGGAAUCGUAUGGUUUCCUCAUUGUUAUUCUCAAGUUAAAAUUUAAUUUAAUUUUUCUAGUCAUUCCUAAACUAUUUUAGUACUGAUAUAGUUAUGAAGUGGUUAUAGUUUUUAUUUGAAUUUGAAUAUAAAUAAUUCAUUUGCGAGUAGUGCGUAAUGUCAUAUGUAUAUGUAUAUUUUAUUCAAUUUGUCUUAUAGUUUGCAUUAAAUAUAAGCUCAAAUAAACUAAUAAUGAAAUAAAAUAUUUUAUCUUACAAAAAAAUUAAGGAAUGUCAUUCAGUUGAAUUUGAAUCAAAUCUGUAUUAUUAAUUUCAGAGAUAUUUAAUAUUUUCCCAUUUUUAUAAUGCUCUCUAAAAUUUUGUUUUGCUUUUUUCGAACAUAUACGAUUUAAAACACUAAUACAGUGAUAAUUAGAGUCUCUUAGGUUGUCACAAUUUUAGAAAUAAUAUUGUUUAUACUUUUUUUACAAAGCGUCCUAAAUAUCUGCUCACUAGUACGAAAAAUAACUAAUAUACAACAUUUACAUAUUUUGGAUAUUGUGAACUAUAUAUUUUAUAAGAUAGAAAAAUUUUUCUUUCAUUAUAUACUUUAUAAACCUUUAAACCCUAUAAAUAUACAACCUACAUUAGAUUAUAUAGAGAAAACACAAUUACAAUGGUGUGGACACUUACAACGUAUGAAUGAAGAACGACCUUUUAAAAAAUAUGGAAAGCGAAAAUUGAAGAGGUAUUGAAUGACCAAAGGGCUCAGAUUAGGAAUGAAUGUAAAAAAUGUUCACAAACAUAACCAUUAAUACCCUACACCACUAAGUGGUAGAGGUUGUUACAAAUUAUAUAUGUAUAUAUAUUUUUUGAAGACUGAAAUUUAGAAAAUAUAUGCGAACAGAACAACUGCAAUGAUAAAUGUUUUUCUGGAAAUGUGUGAGAUGUAUUAAAAAAGCAGGUAUUUCUACCAUUCCAUGAAGUCGCAAAUACUCUUCUCAUAGCUCAGAGCAAUGUAAUUAGAAUUACCACGAAAGUUUAAGCUGCUCAAACAAGUUGAACAAUAUUUUCAUUAUAUUACAUUUCAAGUAAUGAAUUUUUCUUUUAUUCUACUAAAAUGAAGUUUUCAAAUAAUUGUUUCUAACUAGUAAAUUCUAGUAUUUCUCAGUCAAAACUAGUAUUUGUUUGUCAAAAAUGUAAAAAAAAACUAGCUUUAACGCUAAGAAUACUAGUCAACACUAGUUUUGACUACCAAAAUUAGUUUAAAUGUAAAAGGUUUGUGAAAACUAGUUUUCCCUAGUCAAAACUAGAAUUAACUGAAAACGGGUUUGGGUUUAGGUUAGGUAUAAGUAUAGGUGAAAUACUGAAUUCAUCAAGUAGAUGAUACUAAGCAACGUUUUUUAAAAAUAAUAAUUGGUUAUAAAAGAAUCGUAUCAACUUGGUGAAUAUAUUACUUAUAAUAACUAAAAUAUGUGAAUAAACUUCCGGUAUAUUUUGGACGUGCUGUAGAUAUAUUUAUACAAUUGUUAGUACCAGAGAGCUUGUACUUUCAAUGAAUUCACGGUGUUAGUGUUGUUUGCAGCUUUAACCUGAUAUCUGCACAAUAUCUGUUCAAAUUUUCAAAAAUACCUAGUGUCUCAUAAAAAAUAACUUCUUUAAAAAUAGCUUUGUAGAAUAUUAAUGAUCGACAUAUCUAUAAAUUUAAGAGAUAGUUUUUAAGAAUAUGGUUACUUUUAAUUUUGCACCUUGAUCUGAAAUUUUUUACAAAGCACGGCUACUGAAGGUGAUGAUAAUUUUUGAUUUUCAUAUUUAAUAAGCAGCGCAAAGAUCCCAACUUUUUCUGUUGUUACUGCUAGGCUUUCUUUUUAGUGAGACAUUUGUAUUUUUGGAUGGAGUGAUUCACUUUUUAAUAAACCACCAAAGUUUUUUAAAUAUUCACUUUAUAAGCAUCUAAAAAAUCUUGCUUUAUAUUAUUUUUUAAUGAGUGAAAUUCACUGGUUUAUGACCUUUUAAUUAAUGUAUGUUGUGCAGAUAAUAUUUUAAGUAUUUGUUUUUGUGAUUUACAUAAUUUUAUCCGAUUAACAAUUCAUACCAGUGCAGCUUUAUAUUUUUGUAGUUUCAGUGAGUUUGUUGUAGUUUAUAAUUGAAUAGUGCUAAUAAAAAACUUUAUUUCUAUAACGUUUCAGAGGUGAGUACUAUUCAAUAUGCCCCAUUAGUGGUGACAUCGCAUUGUCAUUUUUAAAGAGGCCACCACACAUUAUACGAUUCAUCUUACUACAUGUCCUACGACAGCAACUUGAUACUACCGAUGGAACGACAGAUCGGAUUCGCCUUUGUCCACUAACUUAAACUACUCUUUGGUUUUUAGUUAAGAUUAUGGCUUAGUCGCACAAAUAUUUUUAGGAACCGUAGAUAUAUUUCGACAGGGGAGCGUCUCCUAAGUCGAACGACAUAAAACAUUUUGUAGGAAACGACCCCUUAAUAAGUUAUAGCCAAUUAUAUAUCCUCUUAUAACCCCAUGGCAAAUUUUAAUAUGCAGUAAAAUUGAUAGGUGGCGUAUCUGCAUAUGGUCCACACAACGAUAAUAUAACCUAACCUUAAAUAUAUUAAUGAAAUAAAAAUAUAAAAGCGGUGGCAAAAUUAAAUUUAUUCAACAUGAGAAAGGCCCAAUAUAAUUAAAUUCGAAAAUCUGUAUAUUCGCGACAGAUGGCAGAAAGCAAGGUCUUGAAAGGGUCGCGCUAUUCUUUGCGAUUACAUUGCCGCCAGAGAUACUCACAAAUGUGUGUGGGGAGCAAAGGAACAUGACGUCCGUGGACGAAGCCUUUUACUGGUCGCCACUGAGCCUCAGUGUGAACUCCGGUGUUGGCUAAAAAAUAGUAUUAGCAUAGAGAAAAACUAUUACUCUUUUAUACUUACUGACAAACAGCUCUCUAUGAUUAACUGCUUCGAGAAAAAAGCUGUGUGAAGAAAGGCUGCAGUAUCCAUUGCAACUGUAUGUCUAAAUUGUCGAGCCAGGCGCGACGUGCUUCUCGAUUAUAGAAGUAAACGUGGCAGCACUGCGGCAGUUUUCAAGGCAGAGAAUCAUACGAAAGUCUUAGAUUUCUUCUGAACUAAUGCUUAGAACCCAAUGCCCUUCAACUAAGCGGCCUCGGUUCUUUUCGCGCUUACCAAAUUUGCACAUUAAUACCUGGACCGGCAAUCUUGCCAUGUGAAUAUUGUUCAGUUGAAAAAGUCUCAAUGACCAUUUCUCGCACAAAUCGAUAACUAAAAAAAUACAGUUUUAUUAAAAAACAAUUCUAAUAGGCUGAUUUGCAAGUGAGCUAUGGUUAGAUUAGGUUAAGCAUAGUGCGUUCAGAUGGUGGCAAUGUCAUGUCAACGCACUCAUCUCUGACCCGGUCAUAGCUUACAUCAUGAGUAAAUCCAUAGAGCAACCAAAAAAGUACAACUCUAAUAAUUAAAAGUAGACGAGACUCCUCAAACCAAGUAUCCUUAGCCAUGCCUCGACUUCCACGGACUGAACGUCCCCGUGAGCAAUAAAACACUCCAAAACCAUGCUGGACAGUGCUGACUUCCAUCCCUAUUCGAUGGCGGCCACAGUGCUUUUCUAUAGACACCAGGCCUUGUUAUUGUACCUACAAAAGAGCCGCAUCUUUAGUGAAGGAUAGGUUGCGCUAGCUCUAGAUAGGUACAUAUGGAUCCAUGUUCUAAAGUAUAUGAAAUAGUUAAAAAUAAGUAUAAUUUGGAGCAAUAAACAAAAACUUUAAAAAGAAAAAAAGCGACCAUUUUAUUUGACUGCUAGUGGUAGCAAAAAAGGAUAGAGUGCAUGCGCUGUUCUCAACGCCACCUAUCGAUUGUACUGUAUAUUAAAAUUUCCCAUAGGAUUAUAGAGAGAUGAAUAAUUGUCUAUAACUGAAUAAGGUGUCGUUUCCUAAAAAACGCUUAUUCCGUUCGAUUCAGGAGACGGUCCCUGAAAAUAUUUGGGUCAAUAAACCGAAGUUGUGCCGGUUUAUGUUGUAUACCUACAAGUCGUUUUGCACUAAUUUUAAUUUUCUUGCGUUCAUGAUGGCAUCGAAUUUAUGAGAAGAGACAUUAGCUAUAAUUGUUAUAUGAUGAAGAACAGUCCAAAAAAAAAGAAAAUAGACUUAUUAUGUAAACUAAGUACUAAUGAACCAUGACUACAAAAUAUAAACAAAAAACCUGUUCGUUCAUUUUUACUUACUUUUUUGAAUUCAUGUCCGAAAGCAAGUUAUUAAUUUUCUUUUUCAAAAAUGCCAAAGAAGCAUCUCCUUUGAUUUCUUAUAAGCUUUCAUGAAGAAUUUCAUAACUGGCUCUUGUUUUAUGUUUAUUUAGGUAUUCGUUAUUUUUAACAUCCCACAGACAUGUUUGGUUACGAUGCAUUUCCGUAGAAAACUUUCCAGUAUUAUUCAUUUUUAUCAAAAUUUUAUAUAUUUUCAACGAAAAAGGGUCAAUCCAUUUGAAGUGAUCCAAUAAAAAAUUUUUUGGUUGCUUGACCAUUUGUUAUUUUGACAAAUUUUUUAUGUUAUUUUUUUUAUUUUUAUGUUAUUGCCCUUUAAAUUAUAACCUCAAAACAAUUUUUUAGUAUGGAUCUUAAGCUUAAAUUAUGAAAUUUUGAAUUUAAGAAUCUAGUGAGGACAUUUAAUUAAAAGUUACAAUUUGUAGAAGACUAAUAAAUAGUUUUAUUGAUUACAUAAAUGGAAAUAGAGUUUGUGUUUGGUGAUACACUUAAGUUGUUCUUUAUGCUAAGUGUCCAUUCAAAAUCAUACUAAUCUCCUCCGAUAGUUUUUAGCGGAUGAGACUUCUUGAAUGCUAAAUACAAUUCAUUCAGAUUACAUAGAAACAAAUGCUUUUGUUUUUCUAUUUUAUAUUCAUUAAUGACCACUUUGGUACAAUCUUUUUUACCUGGACAUAUUCUACUAUUUUCAUCGUUUUAAAAAACUUUACAACUUUCUCUAUUGUUUCAUCACUUACACCUACACUUUUCUUUUUACUCAAUGUUGUAAUUUACCUUAUUCUUCAACUAAACUUCGGCUUAAUCUAAUGAGACGUUUUGAUUUAUUAGAAAUCUUUUCUCUUGACUAUUUAUUAGGGAGCAAGCUGAUGAUUUUUACUUGUUCCUCUUUAGAUAAGAUUGAAUACUUAUGUUUAAAUUUGUCAAUUAAAUCAAAAUAGUUAUUGUCCAACACAGCUUUUUGAAGUUCCGGGUCACUGCUACUGUGAUUAACUUGUGACGAAAUAUGAAUGAAAAUUUUGUCGUAAUUUUUCAUUAAUACAAUGAAUUUUUGACUCAUUCGCAGCUUUUAUUUUUCCAGAACUUAAUUUUGUUAUUUUAGAAGCUGGAGGCACUUCUAGUAGAGAACAAGCAGAAUAUAUUUGUUGUACAAUAACCUCUUCAGGUUAACAUCAUCAUGGAGAGAACUUAACAUUAAGGCUUUUGGCUUUGUGACCAAAUCAAAGAACUUUGCAUAACAAUUUCGAAAAAGAGAUUUCCCUGGAAUUAUUUCAUCAUGACAAUUGGUUUUUAUGAAAGACAAAUGAUCAAGCUUUAUUUCUCUUAAAUCUGUAGAGUUUCAUUUCUUUGCACUUUCAAUGGAACCAAGCAAUAUUUUCCAAACAAAUGGUUAGGUAUAUUUAACUAGGUACUUUUUUUGUAUGAUACUCACAAACCAAAGUAAUAGCAUUAUUACGUACUCUACAUUUCAAAAGUUGUUGUUCAGUAGGAUCAAAAGUAUUUAAAGGAACAUUAGACACCAAACCAUAACAGGGUUUAUGGCACACUUCAUUGACAGUUUUUCCAACACAACAUUGUUCAUCCAUUUCAUCAAUGAAAAAUUCUGUUAUAUUUAACACAAAAAUUAAACACACGAGAGAGAGAACUAUGACACUGCUGUCUAACAUUCACACUGUAAGAAAGAUAAUCACUGACUGAGAGCUCCCAGUUACCACAGUGCAAGGAUCAUGUCUUAACAGGAACUAAUUAUGUUGUGACUGUUUAGUCACGAGUCUUGCUAUUGCUUGUUUUUUUAUUUCAAUAUAUAAAUAAAUGAUUAUAGACUGUCUAAUUUAUAUUUAUGUAUCAAAUUGGUACUGUACCUAUUAUAUUUAAUUGAAUUAUACCAAAAUAAUUAUUUUUAAGACUAAUCAUCGUUUUUGAUUUAUUUUAAGUUAAAUUAUAGUGUAUUUUACAUAUAUUCCAGUACCUGGGUAUAUACUGAUAACUUUAAUUUCGAACUGAGAUGAAGCUAUACAUUUUUUAACAAGUUUACUAUAAUAUAAUUAUUUGUAAAAAGUAGGUUUUAUAAAAAUCGAGAGAUAAAAACUGGCGCGUAAGUUCAAAUUUUCUUUAAAUUCAAAAUUUCAUAACUUGGCUUAAGAUCAAAUACCAAGAUUGAAAUUUCUGCUGUAUGUUGCUAGCAUAGCAUAUGAGUACAUCACAUAUAUGAAAAUUGAUUUUUUUUAUCUGGCCCCACCAGAAAUGUUGAGCCUCAAACUUUGAAAAAAUAGAAAAAUUUUGUUUUUUAAAAAUUUAUAAAAAAUUAUUACUUUAGACUUCAUAUUCUGUCAUAUAUGAGUAUUUUACAAUAUUUUAUAGUAUAGAAGUCAUUAGCUGUGGGAUUUGAUUCCUUCUUUGUAAAACUAGGCCUUUAAAAAGCUAGCUCUAUUCUGUACAAAGAUAUUCAAUUUACCAUUAAUGCUUGCAAAGCUCAAAAAUACCGUGCGCGGCUUGAUAAAAUUGGCGGUCUCUCCCAGAAAGAGCUAGAUAAAAAAUUGUUGUAAGGUUCUAAUUAUAAGGGUAAUAAUAUUAUCAAAAUAAAAAAUAGUUAAGCAACCCUCAUUGGAUCACUUCAAAUGGAUUGACCUGUAAACAAUCUAUCUUCAACAUAUUAGCGCUAUCAAAGCUUUCGUACUACAGAUUUUAUGCAUGAUUUAUUUUCGUAAAAUACGACCCCAUGUUACUACAAGUUGCAUUACAAAGCCAGUAACUUUAUAAAUCGUAUAAUGUGUGGCCCAUUCCGGGUAUCCAUGUUCCAAACAAAAUAAACUUUUACACUUGACUUUCUAAGGGCAUAUUCAAGUUGAGAACUGUUAUUGGAUUCAGAUUAUCUUUUGAAAUGGACUCGUAUAAUUUUAAAUGUAAAUAAAAUCAAAAUAAAUAUUUUAAAAUCGGGUGCUUACUGCUCGUUUCAAAGUAUGUAAAAUAAUUUUGGUUUUACUUAUUUUAAACGACCUAAGUUCAUGAAGGGAAUAUAACGAGUCUCAUUCUUGUAUAUUUACCAGAAAUUAUUCGUUUGGAACCUAGACACUAAGUUACACUAACUUCCGACAUGACACUAAUGCACCGUAUUGACGGAUUAUUUGUGGAAGUUGUUACAUCUUAUUAGGAAAAAUUUAGAACAUUAAUAUAAAUGAGAACUACGUACAGAAAACACGAUUUUUAAUAUUAAAAUCAACUACAAUCAAACUUUAUUUUUAAUCAACAGGAAAUCAAGCUUAAGUCAAAGCUUUUUACCAUGAAAUAAUUUACUAUGGGACAAUAACUAUUUUAAAUGAUUCAAUUAAUAUUUAAUUCUAAACGACCGUAUAUAUUUACAUAGAUAACAGUGUAUAUGUGAUAAUUCAAAAACCAACUAUAUGUGAUAAUAGAAUCUCAAAUUUAUACCAACAAAACAAUUUUUUACUAUGACGAAACUCUGCUUUUAGUUUUAUUCUUAAACCCGUGUGUCAGAACGGGGCUAUCGCGUUUUUAUUUGUCACUAGAGGCGCUGGUGUAGUGAGAUUUCCGAAAUGUCACAUCAAACGUAUUAUUCCAACGAAUAAUCACCAACUACUACCUUAUACUGUUUUGUUUCUCAUAUCAAGACUGUAUUGGAUAAUAAUGCAUUAUACAGCUCUAUGUUAUUAGAAAAUGAUUUAUAUUUAAACUCCGUUUUCACAAAUGUGGACAGUCAUGCUUAAAGACCUCACUCGCCGGUGGCGCCCACUGGUGAUAUAAAAACGGUAGCAGUGUCUGAUCCAGAAUAGAUGUAAUACGUUUUUAUUCAUUUAACUUCACUUUAGAUUUGAAUUAAGUUACGUGCUAUAGAAAAUGUUGAGACUGAAGAUAACUUUUUACAUAUUUUUACAACUUUUGCUAUAAACAUCCACAAAUAGUCUGUUUUUCACAGGAACAUCCAAUCCAGUCACAGUACAUUUUGGAUACACAAACAAGCGCAAUAUUUUUUCAAGUACGAAAUUUAUUUUUGUAUUUUGAACAGACUACUGAUUUUAUAAAUGAUGCUCAAUGCUGUGCUACAAGUGACCACAGAAUACUCGGAUCCUUUGAAGACGAUUGUUUCCUGUUGUAUUCCUUUCCAUCACAUGAUGACAUGUUAGAAGACAAUCGUUUAAUAAGGUCCUCGAUAUCAUUAUUUUGUAUAAAAUGAGUUUUGAUGUAGUAGAUUAGAACAAUACUCGGAACCUAACGUGCUUAAUGAUGUAGCGCUCUAAGUUGCUUACUGUAUCAUGUAUAAAUUUUUUAAAUUAAUUAUUGUGAAUGUCACUUUGUAUACCAGAUAUGUGUAUAUAUAGCAUUUUUUGAUCUAUCAAACAGUACUAGUAUAAAGUGAUCCUAAGCACAUCUCUUUAUAAGUCUUGAAAAUUUCUGGCUCCUAAAGAACACAUUUAGAAUUUACCGCAGUUUGCUGGAUGAUCGUCAUUAUUUUUUAUUUUUCUAAAUAUUUCACUCAUUUAAAAGAAUUUUAAAUUUGUAAGACAUUGAGAGUGGCAAUGGUAAGUACAUAAUGUAGUAUCCUUGGAAUAUAUGUAAAAAGAGUGAUGCAUACUAUUUAUUUCACAUUAGCACUAUUUUUUUUAUUGUAGAUAUGGACAUCACUAUUUCAAUAGUUUAACGUAUUGUGAUAUCCAUUUUUUAGUUAUUGUAAACAUUUGGCUGUAUAUUCUAUUUAUUCAAAUCCUACUAAACUGUUGUGCCAAUUUAAAAGUUUCUACGAUCAUUUUCUACUAGUAUUCAUGGCUGUUUGUCAUUUCAGAUACAAAAUUAAGACUGUAUAUGCAUUUAUUGCAGUUAAAUAUUUAUUUAUGAACCAUUCUCAUUUAUUUUAUAUUGCUAACAUUUUUUACACAUAAUAAAACAUCAUUAUAAGUA